GUGUUCCUUACAUACAGAGCUCAGUGUGGCAGCUGCCAUUGGCUUACACUCACAUAUUUCAUAUACUGUGUACACCCAAAUGGAAUAUGGCUACACAAUGGAAAAUCAUCGUAACAGAAAUGUGGGAAAACAGAACUUAAGUUGUGGUGUCCUGUACCUGGAGUCAGUGUUGAAUCACAGUGCUGUUCAAUAUAAGAGUUGAUGUUAUAUAGACCUUCUCUGUACAUAUUUUGAUAGUGAAAAGUUGCAAACAUGGCGUAUGACCGGUUAGGCGAGGAUAGAGAAAGGGAUAGAGGGGUGUCCAACCAUGAGCAGGUUAUCCAGCCAGGCACGGAUGAGGAGCUGAUGGUUCAUGGUUACCGGUACUCUUGUUGUAAGGCUGCCAUCUUCUACCUGCUGACUAUACUCACCCUGGGGAUGUUUUAUCUAGUAUCUUACUGGAAGCCAGAAUGGAGAGUGUACUUCAUGAGGAGAGAGUGCUCAUUGUCAGAAGCUGAUUCUCUUAUAUUAAAGGAUGCUGAUGGUCAACUUCAUGUAGUAAAAGUUGAAGUGGAUGAUGUGGAGCCUGGUUUUCCAUCACAGUAUGUGAUCUCUCUGCAUGUACAUGAUGCUUCCAGUAAUGUUCAUAAUGGACCCUCAGAUGCCACCCAUCUCAGUCAGCCAAUUUACAAAGUUGUACGGUUCUUUUUAUUUCAACACAUUAAGUACAUUUGGACGCCAGAGAAGAUGUCAUUUACUCGUCUCUACGGCUAUGAUGUGAAUACUCCCAUCAGUUCUCUGCUCAAUGACUUUAGGGGCUUUACCGUACGAGAGCAGAUGCAUAGACAAAAGCUGUAUGGCCUGAAUGUAAUUAGUGUGGAGGUAAAAUCCUAUGGUUAUCUUUUGGUAACUGAAAUUUUGAAUCCAUUUUAUGUCUUCCAAAUUGCGUCAAUAACGUUGUGGUCCUUCGACAACUAUUACCUGUAUGCAACAUGCAUCUUCAUUGUGUCCUGCCUCUCCGUCAUCAUCUCUCUCCUUGAAACGCGAAAGCAAAGUCAAUCUCUGCAUGACAUGGUGGAGGCAUCCAACACUAACAUUGCCUCAGUUCUUCGAGCAACACCACAAGGACCAGAUAAAGUGGAGAUCGGCACACGAGAGCUGGUCCCAGGAGACGUCUUGGUCAUCCCUCGUGCUGGCUGUACUAUGCCCUGCGAUGCUGUCCUCAUUUCUGGCAAUGCCAUCGUUAAUGAAAGCAUGCUUACGGGUGAAAGUGUUCCAGUCACCAAAAUCCCAGUUACAGUGUCAGAGGAGAAUGAAAUUUACUCGCCUGAGAAGCAUAAACGACAUACGCUCUUCUGUGGAACAUCAGUUAUCCAGACCAGAUACUAUGGUAGUGCUCAGGUUCGAGCAGUGGUGGUGCAGACAGGUUUCAGCACUGCUAAGGGAGAAUUGGUGCGAUCAAUACUCUACCCCAGGCCCUUAGAUUUUAAGUUUUAUAAAGAUGCAAUGAAAUUCAUUAUCUUCUUGUUUUGCAUUGCAUCCAUUGGCAUGUCAUACUCAGUGUACAUCUACAUUUUGCAUGAGGAAGGGUUUCUUGUAACUCUCAUACGGACACUGGACAUUGUGACAAUCGUUGUGCCACCUGCUCUCCCUGCAGCUAUGACAGUUGGCACAUAUUAUGCUCAAAGCAGACUUAAGAAACAAGGAAUCUUUUGCAUCUCUCCUCCAAGAAUAAAUGUCGCUGGCAAAACCAAACUAGUGUGUUUUGACAAAACUGGCACUUUGACUGAGGAUGGACUAGAGGUUUGGGGUGUAGUGGAGGUGAAGGACAACCUUAUGGGGACUCCAGUUAUGAAUGUAUCAAGCAUUCAUUACACUUCCCAUCUGAUUGCUGCCAUGGCUACCUGUCACUCUCUCACUUUCCUCAAUGGAAACCUAACAGGAGACCCAUUAGAUGUAAAGAUGUUUGAGGCUACAGAAUGGGAGCUGGAGGAGCCAGUUGAAGAUGAUACUCAACGAUUUGAUAACCUCAUCCCCACUCGUGUGCAUCCUCCCCAAGCUUCCUUGUUACCUCCUUGCUUUGAGCCUUCCCUUCCAUCACCCUUAAGUACCACCACCUCCCCGCCUCAUCCCAGCACCUCCCCACCUCAUCCCAGCACCACUAUUUCUGAGCACUCUGAACAAGUUGGCACUCAUGUUGCUGUCCACUCUCUCACUGAUGGUGAUGCUGGCACUGUUUGUUGUGGCACAAUUGACAUACAAGAUGACAGUUUAAAGCAGCAGAGUUUGGAGGAACCCUCCCAGGGCAGCUCUAACUAUGACCAAGUCGCACCCACUGUAGUCAAGCCAUGUAACCGAGAAAUGUAUGUUGAUCCGCCAGACAUCACAAACAUUGUUGAGACUCCAUUCCAGGUGCCCUAUGAGAUUGGCAUCUUGCGUCAGUUUCCAUUCAGCAGCAGUUCUCAGCGCAUGUCAGUGAUGGUGCGCAAGCUUGGAGAACAACACAUGGAUCUUUAUGUUAAGGGAGCUCCAGAAAUUAUCCAGAGUCUCUGCAAACCUGAAUCAAUACCAGAUGGCUUGGGGCCUAUACUAACCCACUUCACAGUGCAAGGGUUCCGUGUCAUAGCUCUUGCUUACCGCACCCUACAUAUGAAGCUAUCUUGGCAUGAGGCUCAGAAAAUUUCUAGAGAUCAAGUGGAACAGGAUCUGACAUUUGUGGGUCUGUUGAUACUGCAAAACAUGUUAAAACCAGAGACCUCUGCUGUCAUACAUCAGCUACAGCAGGCCAAUAUUAGAACACUUAUGGUUACAGGAGAUAACAUCCUGACGGCCAUAAGUGUAGCCCGUGACUGUGGUAUGGUGGGGACUACUCACCAGGUUCUUGUAGCCAAGGUUACACCACCAAUUUCUGACCUUCCUCCCUCACUGGUCUUUGAGCCAGCUGACACAUCUGAUAUCAUGAUUCACUCCACUACUCAAGAUCUGACUAGUGUGUCCAUCACUGUGGACAGCAACAUCCCAAAGUACCAUUUGGCUGUGAGUGGAAGAGCUUGGGCUUUGAUAUACCAGUACUUCCCUGAUUUACUACCAAGAAUUAUCACACGUGGAACAGUAUUUGCACGGAUGUCACCUGACCAAAAAGCCCAGCUUGUGGAGGAAUUGCAGACCAUUAACUAUAUUGUGGCUAUGUGUGGAGAUGGUGCAAAUGACUGUGGGGCACUGAAAACUGCUCAUGUAGGCAUAUCAUUGUCUGAAGCAGAAGCCAGCGUGGCUGCUCCCUUCACCUCCCGCACCAAUAACAUCAAGUGUGUGCCUCAGGUUGUGUGUGAAGGUCGAUGUGCACUCACCACCAACUUCUCUGUCUUCAAGUACAUGGCUCUUUACAGCAUCAUCCAGUUUGUCUCAGUUCUUAUUCUUUAUUCAGCCUAUACGAAUCUUUCUGACCCUCAGUUCCUAUACAUUGACCUCUUCAUUGUGACAGUUGUUGCCAUCUUCAUGGGCUACACGGGACCAAGCCUUGAGCUCGUGGCAGAAAAGCCACUUGGUAACCUGCUUGGAGCUGUCAACAUGUUUUCCGUCCUGUCACAGAUCUUCCUUGUCAUCCUUUUCCAAGUCAUCGCUUAUUUUUAUCUUUUGCAACAACCCUGGUUUGAACCUAAUAAGAAACCUGAUGACAAAGAGCCAGACAAUGUAGUAAGCUGGGAAACUGCUACCAUUUUCUAUGCGUCGAGCUUCCAGUAUCUCGCCCUGUGCGUAGCAUACUCCCCUGGACAGCCGUUCAGGAAACCUCUCAUAACCAAUGUGUGGCUAACAGUGUCGCUGAUAAUACUCACCGUGACAACCCUAGUGAUGCUCCUGUGCCCAUGGCCAUGGCUGAUGAAUCUCAUGAACAUGAAGUAUGCCUCAGACAGUUACUUGAUGUUCCGCAUUGCUCUUCUUCUCUUUGUAGCAACACACUUCGUCAUUUCAGUCAGCACAGAGUACUUCAUAGCCAGCAGCAGAGCAUUGAAGAAAUGCUUCCAGUGGGUAACAUGCAAACGCAUGCCCAAGAACAAAUACAAAAUUGUGCUAAGAGAAAUGGACGAGGACCCAAACUGGCCACCAGUUGGAACACCAGUCUACAGUUAUCAAAGAACAUGAUACUUGGGAAGGAAGAAUUUUUCACUUAGCCCACAAUUUAGAGGAAAUUUUAGCUGAUGCUGUUUCCUCUCUGACCAUUAUCAGCUGACAUGGUGAUAUUUCUGUCCACUCCUGGACCAUUGUCUUCUAAAAUUUUUACCAGAUGUUGGUUAAUAGUGAAUUGUUCCAGUCAUGAUAUUGUAACAUACUGAAGGAAUUCUUAUGAUAAAGUGCACUUAAAUGAGGCAAAGUUUAUUGAAGAUUUACUUUUGUGAUAACUGGUUGUAGUUAUCUAUCAUAAAUUUUUAUUUAAAAUUUUUUAGUGUAUUUUUUUAACAUUUUAAACUGGCUAAGAAAGUAAACUUUUUAAAUUUUGUAUUCCAGGAAAAUAUGAAUGUGCUUCAAUAAAUUUCUUAAGAUUUAUUAAUGUAUAAUAAAGUGAGUGUAUCAAUAAUCACUUUUAUGCAUGAUAUACUGUAUAAUUUUAGAUCUGUGAUAUUUAAUGUUUUUAAUUACUACAGUAUACCAGUAUUAAUAUAUACAAAUAUAUUUU